GUCUCACAGAAAAUUUUCUGCGCCCAGACACGGUUCCCUUGGGUUCCUCCCAAAGAAAAGAAGCACGCGCCACCGUGGUAAGGCAAAGUCUUUCCCCAAGGAUGAUGCCAAGAAGCCCUGUCAUUUGACCGCAUUCAUCGGCUACAAAGCUGGCAUGACUCACAUUGUGAGGGAGGUCAACAGAAUUGGCUCAAAGGUCAACAAGAAGGAGAUCGUAGAGGCUGUGACUAUCCUGGAGACUCCUCCUAUGGUGGUGGUUGGUGUGAUCGGAUACAUUGACACACCUAAGGGUCUGCGAUCAUUCAAGACCAUCUUUGCUGAGCAUCUGAGUGAGGAAUGCAGACGUAGAUUCUACAAGAAUUGGUAUUCCUCCAAGAAGAAGGCAUUCACCAAGUACAGCAAGAAGUGGCAAGAUGAGAGUGGCAAGAAGGAAAUUGAGAAAGACUUUGCUCAACUGAAGAAGUACUGCAAAGUCAUUCGUGUUAUUGCCCACACCCAGAUGAAGCUGUUGAAGAAACGCCAGAAGAAGGCUCACAUUAUGGAGAUCCAGGUGAAUGGUGGUACCGUCUCUGAGAAAGUUGACUGGGCACGUGAGAAGAUGGAGAAACAAGUCCCUAUCGCCGAGGUGUUCGGUCAGGAUGAGAUGAUUGAUUGCAUUGGUAUCACCAAGGGUAAAGGAUACAAUGGUGUCACUUCCCGUUGGCACACAAAGAAGCUUCCCCGUAAAACACACAAGGGUCUGCGUAAGGUUGCCUGUAUUGGAGCAUGGCAUCCAAGUCGUGUUGCCUUCUCUGUUGCUCGUGCUGGACAGAAGGGUUACCAUCACCGUACAGAGGUCAACAAGAAGAUCUACCGUAUUGGCCAAGGAAUCCACACCAAGGAUGGCAAAGUUGUGAAGAACAACGCCAGUACCGAGUAUGACAUCACAGAGAAGACUAUUACCCCCAUGGGAGGAUUCCCCCAUUAUGGAGAGGUCAACCAGGACUUUGUCAUGAUCAAGGGAUGUUGCAUGGGACCCAAGAAGAGGGUCAUUACUCUUAGAAAGUCUCUGAUCACCCACACCAGCCGUAAGUCACUCGAGAACAUCAAGCUGAAGUUCAUCGAUACAUCCAGCAAGUUUGGUCAUGGUCGCUUCCAGACCCCAGAGGAGAAGCACCAUGUCAUGGGACCACUCAAGAAGGAUCUUACCAAGGAAACUCCUGCCAGUUAAACAACAUAGACAUUUUCAAGUUACUAUGUACAAACAUCCUUGGGGAAAAGAAUAAAACGAGAAAAAAUA